UAUUCUUGAAAGAAUGCCUCAAGAAAUGAAACGUUAUGGAGUUUGUCAUGAAAAAUUGAAAAAACUGCCAUGAAAAAUUGACUUAAAACCAUUUACACUCGUAUCAUCUACUAAAUUAGAUGUUGGGACAAUUAAUCAUCAAUGAGGUGUAAAAACAAAGUUAAGAAUAUGGUGACUGGAUAUCAAAGUGCAGCUGGGUGGCAGCCCACGGUUGAUUGAUGUUUGAUUAAUUAUGACAAAAGUGGACCCUGAAGAAUCUACAACAGACCGAACUCCUGCAUCAAAUCAUGAGUUGGUGCCAUGUUCGUCGCAGGAGCUCCUACCGGGAGAAAAACGAACAGAGUUUUUGGUCGUGGCGGAGGCGAAAAAAAAGAGGAUAUUCGAGGGACCUGUGAUGAAAGAAGUCGACAAAGCGCUUCCCGGAGCGUUUCAUCAGGCUCGCAAAUUGCUUCAUAUAUUUGCAAAGGCCAAUGGUUUGCCUGAGCUGACGCGUUAUCCACGCGAACAUCACAUCUGCCUGCAGGUUAAUCUUCUUGCUCUUGAAUUUAGCCGGGGCAUAAAACAGUAUGAUCUAUCGUAUAUUCUUCUACGAGAGGGCUUCGAAAAUAUGUGGUAUUUGAUGGAGUACUGCAGGCCAACCAGUACGCGAGAUUCUGCGAUUGCGGCUCGGCUAACCCGAAAGCUCAUUUUAAUAAUGGAAAGAAUUUCGGGCGUUCUGGAAGACUACAGCGGGGUGAAUCAAACAAACUGGGUUAAGGUCGCAGAAGUGUUUCACGGCGAAGCUAAGAGCAGCACCCACGACUUGCCACCGUAUAAGCCAGCGAAGUUCAAAUACUUCACCAUAAACCGGCUGUUAGGAUCAGGUGGCUUUGGAACAAUUUAUAAAGCUCAUCUGGGUGAAGUGGUCUGCACAAUUAAAAUCAUCCCCUGCGAACUUUUAACUGAGGCAAAACAUGCCUGCGUGGAUAAGCUAGUCGCAUCAAUGAUCAACAGCCCGUUCUUAGUAAGGUACUUUGCAUGCUUUUCGACGAAGCAAGCUUUUAUCACGGCCAUGGAAUACAUUAGAGGUUGCGAUCUCGGAAAACUCCUCAAAGUAGCUCGCUCCAUUCCAGAAGAUAUUUUGCGUAUCAUUAUAGCGCAACUUGGAGAAGCCCUUGAACAUAUGCAUACUAAAGGAUUUAUUCACAGAGAUGUAAAGCCGGCGAACUUGCUCAUGUCGAUUGGAUGUCGAGUAAAAUUGAUCGACUUCGAUACAGCGAAAACAUGCAUUGGUAAGUUCGUGAAGAAAAGCCAGACUUGCUUCAACAUACGAACCCCUGCGGAGUUCUUCGAUAGUCAGAUAGCGGGGACGGUUCCAUAUUUGGCACCCGAAUGUGUUACCUAUAGGGGAUAUGGACGUGCAAUGGACUGGUGGGCUGCCGGCGUGACAACUUUCCACUUGGCAACGGGUCGCUUGCCAUUUCAACGGUUUCGCACACAGGAAGAACUUCAGCGCAUGAUUGCUGCCGGCUUUUACCGAUGGCCAAAGGACAAAGUGAUUAGUCACGACCUGCAAGAGUUUGUCAAUGCUUUAAUGCAGAAAAAACCUCCAGAGCGACUGUGUUCCCAUCAGUACCUGGAUUUUCGCAUUCAUCCUUUCUUUUCGGGAGUAGAAUGGCGUAAACUCUCCACAACCGAUAACCUUAAGGAGUACCCGAUUCUCAAGAAAUGUUUGGGUAAAACCGUAAGUGGAUAUUCACCUAUUGGCUCGGUAGCGAGCGGCAGUCGAAGAUACCACAUCUCUCCUGCUAAUAUUGUCGACACGAAUGAUCAUAGCAACUUGUACACCUAUUGCUCGGCUGGUUUUAUUCGAGUUAUGAACGAGCUCAACAAUGGUCGUAUGCCAACCAUUGAGACGAUCACGGAUCCGUAUGAUAACUCCGAUGAUCCUGAACCCGAAUACAUAUUCGAGAGGUUUCUGAUUUUUUGAUGGAUUGGAUAGUUCAUUAAUUAAU